CCAACAAAAACAUCAAUGGCUGCCACCCAGAAAACUCUCUUCAUUCUAGCCUACGCAAUACUCGAAUGGACCCUAAUCCUAAUGCUUCUUCUCAACUCUUUAUUCUCAUUUCUCAUCAGAAAAUUUGCUACUUACUACGCCCUUAAACCACCUUGCUUUUGGUGUUCCACCAUUGAUCAUCUGUUAGAACCAAACGACGACAUAAACCCAUUUCAUAAUCUAAUUUGUGAAGCACAUGCAACUGAGUUUAUGAACGUAUGCAGAAAUGGAAAGUGCUCGUAUACCAGCAUGAACUUCAAGGUGGAUUCUGUUGAUAAAUCAUCCCACAGUGCGUCAAAGAUCCAAUCAUCUCAUGAAGAAAACGAAAUGGUACAAGUCAUGGAUCUUUGUAUCUUGAAUACGAGUAGACACAUUCAAGUUUUUGACCAGAUUAUCCCUAUUGAGUGGACCGAUUCAUCAACCAGUUGUAGUAGAGGUUCAAGUUUAAAUGGAGACGAAAACAUGGUGAUCAAUGAUGAAGAUCAAGUCAAAAAAGAAGGCGAAUUCUUGCAAUCAUCUGGCUAUGAAAAUGAAGAAGAUGAAGAAAAUAAAGUUGCGACGAUUGAUGGUUUAAUGGCAGAAUUAAAAUCCGAAAGACUUGUUGUAUGUGGUUUAUACAUAGAACUAGAUGAAGAACGUAAUGCGUCUGCAAUAGCUGCAAACCAAGCAAUGGCGAUGAUAACCAGACUUCAAGAAGAUAAGGUAUCACUGCAGAUUGAAUCCAUGCAAAAUCAAAGGAUGAUGGAUGAACAAGCGGAAUACGAUAAGGAGGUUUUGCAGCUGUUAAACGAACUUGUUAUGAAGCUAGAGAAGGACAAGUUUGAGCUUGAAAACGAGCUUGAAAUGUACAAAGAGAGAUUCUUGAAUUAUGAUGGAAAGAAGAAGGCAAAAGUGAAGAGAAGAUCCAUUACCAAGAAGUGUUUAGAUGACACUAAUGUUGUGGAUUUAAAGAAUUCGAAGACACUUGAGGAAUCUGUUGUAGAGUUCGAUGUUGAGAGGCUAUGGAUUCUAGAUAAGCUUGGGGAGCUUGAUGAGACGCUAAUGAUGUUGACUGAUGAUCGAGAUGAGGGUCUUCAUGGGAAAGCAAGUUUCGAAAGAGAACGUCUCUCUUAUAAGGGAAAUUUAUUUCUUGGUGUCUUUGAUAUAGAGAGUAUUGAUGAAGGUGAUGAGGCAUCUCAUUCCGUUUGGCCCAUUCAAGAAAAUAUUAAGAAAAAAGGAGAUACUAAGGAAGUUGAAGUAUGA